GCACUUUUUUAAUUUUUUUAUUUUCUAAUGAUAGGCAUAGUUGAUUGUCAUUUAUGAAAAAGAAAAAAGAAAAAGCUCAUCCAUCAGAACGUCACAUGUCUUUGUUAGGAGAGGAGGAGAGCGCCGAGUGGGGAGCGCAGAAGGCUGUGGGUUUGAGGGUUGGGGUCCUUUGCUUAGGCCUGUGGCUUUAGGCUGUCGGGGUUUUUAUAGUUACUUUUUAACACUUAAGCCGUAUAUAUUAUUGCGCUUCCUGUAUCCUCGCUCAUGUAGACAUGUUAUAGCAGCAAAACGAGUGUACUGUUAGUUUUUUCUCUACCGGAAAAGGAAGUUAUUGGAGACUGGAGGAGUGGAGUGAGUGGUACUUUAUUUUAUAUUAAACAAAUUUGCAAUAAAUAUACGAGGAUAAUCGGUUUUCCGGCGGCGGUUCUCAGGUGAAACUUGGUGGUUGAUGCUAGGGCUUCCAAUUUUCCUCAUUUGAUUUGGUAUAAUUACCAUCAUGGUUAGGAAGAAGAGAACUGAUGUUCCUUCUGCUGGAGGUGAGAGCUCUCAGUCCCAUGAUACUGGUGUUGGCAGUGGUCAAGGACCCCAACCUCCUCAACAACGAGGAGGAUACUCGGGUGGAAGAGGCUGGGUUCCACAGUCCCAGCAAGCAGGUUGGGGAGGUGACAGUGGUGUUGGUGGUCGGGGUCGUGGUAUGUCACGACAGCAGUAUGCUGGAGGAUCCCCUGAGUUCCAAGGUAGAGGAAGGGGAGGGCCUAUCCAGCAAGGAAGUCGAGGGGGCUAUGGCAGCGGUCGAGGUGGUGGUGCCCGUGGAGGAGGACCUUUGCCCGGUGGACCAUCCCGACCACCUAAUCCCGAGCUGCACCAAGCAACCCAACCUUUUCAAGCUGCUGUGACGCCACAGCCUGCUCCAUCAGAGGCAGGUUCAUCAUUCAGACCACUUGAGCAUGCACCAUUGGCAGAGCAGCUUCAGCAGCUUUCCAUCCAGCAGGAAGUCGGCCAAGCAAUUCAGCCUGUCCCUCCCUCAAGCAAGUCAGUGAGGUUUCCGCUUCGGCCUGGAAAGGGUUGUACUGGCACAAAGUGUAUAGUUAAGGCUAAUCAUUUCUUUGCUGAGCUGCCAGAUAAAGAUUUGCACCAGUACGAUGUUACUAUAACACCAGAGGUCGCAUCACGAGGAGUCAACCGGGCUGUGAUGCAGCAGCUGGUGAAAUUAUACCAAGAAUCACAUCUUGGAAAGCGCCUUCCAGCUUAUGAUGGCCGAAAGAGUCUUUACACUGCUGGUCCUCUCCCUUUUGUGUCAAAGGAGUUUAAGAUCACCCUUAUUGAUGAUGACGAUGGGUCAGGAAUGCAAAGAAGAGAGCGUGAAUUUAAAGUUGUGAUCAAAUUGGCUGCACGUGCUGAUCUGCACCAUCUUGGACUCUUCUUGCAAGGGAAGCAAGCUGAUGCACCUCAGGAAGCUCUUCAGGUUCUUGACAUUGUUCUUCGUGAAUUACCUACUACUAGGUACUGUCCUGUUGGCCGCUCAUUUUAUUCCCCUGACCUGGGGAGAAGGCAGCCUUUGGGUGAGGGAUUAGAAAGUUGGCGUGGUUUUUACCAAAGCAUUCGUCCAACACAGAUGGGACUGUCACUGAAUAUUGAUAUGUCUUCAACUGCUUUCAUUGAGCCAUUGCCAGUUAUUGAUUUUGUAACACAAUUGCUAAAUCGGGAUGUUUCUUCUAGACCACUAUCCGAUGCUGAUCGUGUUAAGAUAAAAAAGGCUCUUAGAGGAGUCAAAGUGGAAGUUACACACCGUGGAAACAUGCGGAGAAAAUAUCGUAUAUCUGGUUUAACAUCACAAGCAACUAGAGAGCUAACUUUUCCUGUGGAUGAAAGAGGUACAAUGAAAUCUGUUGUGGAGUACUUUUCUGAAACUUAUGGUUUCAUCAUUCAACACACGCAAUGGCCAUGUCUACAAGUUGGAAAUCAGCAGAGACCAAAUUAUUUGCCUAUGGAGGUAUGCAAGAUUGUUGAGGGUCAGAGGUAUUCCAAGAGAUUGAAUGAGAGACAGAUCACUGCUUUGCUGAAGGUUACCUGCCAGCGUCCUCAGGAAAGAGAGUUUGAUAUUAUGAAGACGGUACAACACAAUGCUUACCAUAAGGACCGGUAUGCAAAGGAAUUUGGAAUUAAAAUUAGUGAGACGCUUGCUUCAGUUGAAGCGCGCAUUUUGCCUGCUCCAUGGCUUAAAUAUCAUGAUACUGGUAGAGAGAAGGAUUGCCUGCCUCAAGUCGGGCAGUGGAACAUGAUGAAUAAGAAAAUGGUUAAUGGUGGGACUGUAAACAACUGGAUCUGCAUAAAUUUUUCUCGGCAAGUCCAAGAUACCGUGGCACAAGGGUUUUGUUAUGAACUUGCAAAGAUGUGUUAUAUCUCUGGCAUGGCUUUUACACCUGAACCAGUGCUUCCUCCCAUUAGUUCUCGUCCUGAGCAGGUGGAGAAGGUCUUGAAAACACGAUAUCAUGAUGCCAUGACUAAACUCCAGGCCAAAAACAAAGAUCUUGACCUGCUUAUAGUUAUUCUUCCAGAUAAUAAUGGCUCUCUUUAUGGUGAUUUGAAAAGGAUUUGUGAGACAGAUCUUGGAAUUGUUUCUCAGUGCUGUUUGACUAAACAUGUAUUCCGAAUGAACAAACAAUAUUUGGCCAAUGUGGCAUUGAAGAUUAAUGUCAAGGUUGGAGGAAGGAAUACAGUUCUUGUUGAUGCGAUAUCACGACGAAUACCUCUAGUCAGUGACCGGCCGACUAUAAUUUUUGGUGCUGAUGUUACCCAUCCUCACCCUGGGGAGGAUUCAAGCCCUUCUAUAGCAGCUGUUGUUGCCUCCCAAGAUUGGCCAGAGAUUACGAAGUAUGCUGGUCUGGUUUGUGCUCAAGCUCAUCGCCAGGAGCUCAUUCAAGAUUUAUUCAAGACAUGGCAGGAUCCCGUAAGGGGGACUGUGUCUGGUGGCAUGAUUAAGGAGCUCCUAAUAUCUUUCCGAAGAGCCACUGGACAGAAGCCACAGCGCAUUAUAUUCUACAGGGAUGGUGUUAGUGAAGGCCAGUUUUAUCAAGUUUUAUUGUAUGAACUUGAUGCCAUACGUAAAGCAUGUGCCUCUUUGGAGCCAAAUUAUCAGCCUCCUGUUACUUUUGUUGUGGUGCAAAAGCGGCAUCACACAAGGUUGUUUGCUAACAACCAUAAUGAUCGCCAUUCUGUUGAUAGGAGUGGGAAUAUUUUGCCUGGCACGGUGGUAGACUCCAAAAUCUGUCAUCCAACAGAGUUUGACUUCUAUCUGUGCAGCCAUGCUGGGAUUCAGGGUACAAGCCGGCCAGCUCAUUACCAUGUGCUAUGGGAUGAGAACAAGUUUACAGCUGAUGCAUUGCAGUCUCUUACAAACAACCUUUGCUAUACAUAUGCAAGGUGCACGCGAUCUGUGUCCAUUGUUCCACCUGCUUAUUAUGCUCAUCUUGCUGCAUUCCGAGCUCGUUUUUAUAUGGAACCAGAGACUUCAGACAGUGGAUCUAUGACCAGUGGCACAGCUGCAGGUCGUGGAGGCAUGGGUGGAGGUGCAGGUGCACGAAGCACAAGAGGACCCAGUGCCAGUGCUGCUGUGAGACCUCUGCCUGCCCUCAAGGAAAAUGUCAAAAGGGUUAUGUUUUACUGUUAGGGGUGCUUGGUCAUACUUCUGACUAUUAGUUUAUCGUAUUUUGGACAAUUUCUACUUUGUCGGGUUGGCGGAGUAUAUUGGAUUCAACCUAUCCUUUGUCAGUACCGUUUGCUUUUAUUGUGUUUACUUUUGUUGACUGGUUAACAAUGUUAAAUUACAGACUAGGGAUGCAUCACUAAACAUUAAUUAGGUAUUAUCUCUAUUUCAUGAGCUUUAACUUUGGUCUGAUAACAUAGCUUGACAUUUGAUUAGAGUCUCUGAUGGCUAUAGGAGCUGCUGAAUGGAUUUGCUAUUCCUUGUUA